AUGGACAGAGCACGACACGAUCCUCCGGUGUGCAGACAGAGAUGGUGGUGGUUCUCCAGCUGGCUGCCCUCCUGGUGCCCCACAUCACCGUCUCAUCUUAAAAACGCAGAGGACAGAAUUCUCCAACCUCUCACACAGAGCUUCAGCAGAAGACAUGUUCCAAUCUCGAACAGGAACUACAUCUGGACUCUCGGCUUUAAUGAGGCACAAGACUCGAAGCGUUCUCAGAUCCCGUUGGUGCUGCUGCACGGGUUUGGGGGCGGAGUGGGAUUGUGGGUAAAGAACCUGGCCGCUCUGGCGCUCAGCGGGAGAACCGUAUACGCUCUGGACCUGCUGGGCUUCGGACAGAGCAGCCGGCCAAUGGCAGGCAGCCACGCCCAGGAAGCAGAGGAGAAGUUUGUCCAAUCGCUGGAGGAGUGGAGGGAGGUUGUGGGGGUGGAGCUUAUGAUUUUGUUGGGUCAUGAUCUUGGAGGGUUCAUCUCAAUGUCAUACGCUCUGACACACCCACACAGAGUGAAGAACCUGAUCCUGGUGGAACCGUGGGGUAUCUCAGAAAGGCCCGAGGUGCAGGAGCCCCACUGCAGGAUCCCAGUGUGGGUAAAAGCUCUGGGAAGAGCAAUGAACCCGUUCAACCCCCUUUCACUGCUCAGACUCGUAGGGCCACUGGGUCCUUUGCUGUUACAGACUCUUCGCUCUGACUUUAAACAAAGAUUUUCAGGUGUGUUUGAGGAUGACACAGUACAUGAUUACCUUUACCACCUUAAUGCACAGACCCCCAGUGGUGAGACAGCAUUCAGGAACAUGACCGUCCCGUACGGUUGGGCCCAGCAGCCCAUGAUAAACCGUGUGGGAAUGCUCCAUCCAACAAUCCCAAUCUACAUCAUUUGUGGCUCCCGCUCCUGCAUCGAUGGCCAAUCAGGACAAACUAUCCGCGAGAUGCGACCCAACUCACAGACAGACAUUAUUGUCAUCAGAGGAGCAGGACAUUACGUAUUCGCCGACCAAUCAGAUGAUUUCAACGAGGUUGUACUGAAGAUAUGCACAGACAUGAAGAACGAAGGAUAAAGAGGGGUGGAAAAGAAAGAAAGAAUGAAAGAGAAAUGGUAUACAGAGUAAACGGAAGAGGAUGUUAAUAUAAUAAUAAUAAUAAUAAUAAUAAUAAUAAUAAUAAUAAUAAUAAUAAUAAUAAUAAUAAUAAUAAUAAUAAAGCAUUACACUGAAAAUCCAAGAAAAUUGUUCAACAUUUUAGGAAUAAAGGCAGAGAACAAAUGGAGGAUUUUUCAUCCUGAAUGUAUUUCAAAAACAUUAUAUUUAUUUCAGUCAUUUUCAGACUUUUGUGUCAAUAAUAUUUACAGACUCAAUAAAUUGACUUUAUGGUUCUUAUUUUGUUUAAUCACAUAUUCAUAAGAAUAAAGAUAUAUAGGCGUGUACAUAUACAUACAGAAUCCAUUAUACACACAGUGUUAUAGGGGGACAUGCUGCUUCAUACUGGACAAGUUUGUUGUAAGUUUUACACUCAGCAGUCUGCUGGGAUCCAGAACAGUGUGAACAUCUACAGCACCAUCACUGUGUGAACGUCCAACCUGAACAUCUGACCUGAAAAUCACUGAUGUGUAGAAGCCGUGGUCUUUGUCCCAAACUGCAUGUCUGACCAAAUCAGGGUGUUUCAAAGGGCUUAAAACAUCUGUAAAUCUCUCUCUCUCUCUCUCUCUCUCUCUCUCUCUCUCUCUCUCUCUCUCUCUCUCUCUCUCU